GCCAAGUCCAACCCAAACCCACCCACCACGCCGACCGGCCGACGCGUCGCCAACGGAAACUUCUCAAACCGCCGACGGGUUCCGCCGCGCCCGUAAUUCCAUCCCUCCCCACCCCCGCGGCCGCGUCCUCCCCGACCCACAACGGCGCCGUGACUCCCGCCCCGCCCCUCGCCGGCGACCAUCGGCCGCCGGCGACGCCCGGCAUGCCGCCCGCACGCUUCGUCCACCUCAUCCUCCUCGUGACGCUCUCGCUCCUCCUCGCGCAAACCCUAGCCUCCUCCUCCCCCGUGCCCGCCGCGGCGGCGGGGGCGGGGGCGGAGGCGGAGACCGGCGACCCCUGCGCGGCCGCGGCGACGGACGGCGACGGCGACGUCCAGCUCUGCCCGGUCCGGUGCUUCCGCCCGGACCCGGUCUGCGGCGCCGAUGGGGUCACGUACUGGUGCGGCUGCCCGGAGGCGGCCUGCGCGGGGGCCCGCGUCGCGCGGCGCGGCUACUGCGAGGUCGGCGCCGGCUCCGCGCCCGUCUCCGGCCAGGCGCUGCUGCUCGUCCACAUCGUCUGGCUCUUCGUGCUCGGCGCCGCCGUCCUCCUCGGCUUCCUCUGACGCGCGCGCCCCCGCCCCGCCCCUCCCGCUCCCGCAGCCGUGCUCCCCUCCCCUCCCCGUAUGUAAGGCUGCUCAAUUCUUUGUCCCGAUUUUUCGCUGGCUCGUGCCUUGGUGCAUCGUUGAGUGCUGAGGAAUGGUCAUGUGGCGAUUUCAUUGCUAUUUUGAGGAUUCGGCUAGAGUCGUAACCCAAUUCUUUCUUAGAUCUGCUGGAUUCAGCUGUGCUCUAGAUUUAGGGGCAGAGCUGUGAUGCUUGGUUGUCAAAUGUUGUAGGUUGAGAUCAUGUAAACAGUUGUAAAUUCGCUCUAACAUUUGCUUUGAUCAGAUUGCUAUUUUCCAGAAAUUUGAGUUUGGCGGUAAAUUCGAUACAUAUAUGGAUGUAUGGUUCUGCAUUAGUACAUACGGAGUAUAUGUUAAAUUCCGAUCGACAUUGAGAGCUUCUGAUUCAAAUGAAUUGAUGUCAAAUUCGAUUUGUAUGGUUCUA